AAGACAACAUGGCGGCAAAAAAGAAAACAAACAAAUCUUCUUCCUUGAAAUACUUUAUUAUAUGUUUUAGUAUAAUCCUGAUGAUGGCAAUAUGUAUAUAUGCGUGGUCGUUAUAUGAUAGAUUAUAUAAAAGACAACAGACACAUCAGUCUUCAGAAUGGAGUUGGUCUAGCCUAUCAUGGACAUCUAAAGAUACAGACAAUCUCAAAACUUCACUUGAAAUAGUCAAAGAAGAUCUAUACACAAUUUAUUUUGCACUUCUUUCAGCUGUUUGUUUAUUUGUACCAAGGGAGACAACUUCGAUUAUAUCUGCAGUUUUUCUGACAUUGGCAGGAAUUUUAACAUUUUGUUAUUCGAAAACUAUUUAUAAUCAAAAGAAAAAAAGACCGAAAACUUCAGUAAAAGCAGGGAGUAACAAUCAAAAUGAAGAUGUUAUCAUUAAAGAAGAAACAGAUGUUUUAUCAAAAUCAAAAUCAUCAAAACCAUCUGGCUUUAGAAAUUGGUUGAUGUUUUGGCGCAGAGGGCAAAAUCCUGCAAUAAAGGCAGAGAAUAGUACACAAAAUGGAGACACAAAUGUGACUAGAACUACUUACUUAUAUCCCACAAAAUUGUAUAGCUUAUUAUCAUUUAAGAAGUUUUUAAUUUUAUUUAUAUUUUUAAUAUUUUUAGUCAGUAUUCCAUGGGAAUAUGUUCGACUGUUUCAAAUUGAAGUAGCAAAAAGAAUGGCAGUUAUGGGGAAGGGAGUUCCCAGUGAAUGUUAUCCAGAAAGAAUGACAAUCACAGAAAGUGUACGGUAUUGGAUGUUGUUACAGUUGUCAUGGCAACAUGAUCCCUGUGAGAAAUAUCAUACAGCUUUAUUAGUGGAUCCAUUAUGGGAGAUAACUCCGUUAAUGGAUAGUGAAAUGCCAAAGAAUACUUGUAUGGAAAAUAAUUUAGACCAUGUGAGACAUACAGCUAUCUGCGCUGCUUCUUACCUCUAAAAAGGGAACCACUCGCAUCUUUGCACUCAUCAAGGUGUAAACAGCAAAGACUGCUGAAUUUGACCUUGCUCUGGUUCUUUCAUCAGUUAUAACAAGAUCUCUCCUUCAUCCAAUAGAACUAUUCUUUGGUGGUAUUGGUAAAAGUUUUAGACUUUUCUUCAAUGAAAUACCUGCACAGUGGCAGCCAAUAAUGCUUAU